AAUCGAUAAAAUCUAAGUUCAACAAGCCAAAGAGACAGAACGACACAGCAGAGCUACAGGGAAGUCCCAGAAAACACAAAGGCUUACAUGAUCAUGCGACUUUACAUCCUUUUCUGUGUUCUGUUUUCGGCAGAACUUUUCAGCCCUCUUAUUGAUGCUAGUCAAGUGAAAUUUGGCCCCCUUUGCAGUGGCAACCCAAGUAACAGUAAAAGAGGAUGCGAUAAAAACUAUGGCUGUGGAAACUAUGGAGCCAGUCGAAAUAAUGGCAAGCGCAAACACAUGGGUCUUGACAUUGUGUGUGCUGAUGGAGCCACAGUUUAUGCCCCAUUUGAUGUGAAGUUGAACGGCAAAGCUGUACCUUACACAAAGGACAAUGCUAUCAAUGAUGGCAUUAGCUUGAGCGGAGAAGGUCUUUGCUUCAAGAUGUUCUACAUUAAACCAGACCGUUACUCUGGAACUCUAAAGAAAGGGCAAAAGAUUGGAACUUUACUCCCAAUGCAGAAGGUCUAUCCUGGCAUCACUUCUCAUGUUCAUGUUCAAAUGUGUGACAAAUCAGAUCCCUCCAAAUACUUCUAAUGCUGAUAAAGCUUUUAACCAUCUGCAAUAAUCAAACAACCCAAAUUUACUCACAUUCAGGAAUUCAUGUGCCAUUUAUUUCAUUUUUUUUUUUACCACUUUAUGCUUUAAAGAAUUAAACAUUAAGAAGUACUUCUAAUAAUCUCCUAUCUACAAUUGCACGAGUAGUCAAAUACUUUGCGCAAUGCUUUGCAAUCCAGCAAUAAAGUUUUGGAGACUUGUCCUGAGUGUUUUGACUUAACAAGGAGUUCUUGUGGUAACUACUGCCAACAAAGUAUUUAUAAAUUGUCCUUUUUUUUGGAAAUUCAUGUUUAUAUAAAACAAAGACAUAGAAGUUACAACGCCAGCAAAAUGCUAACACAUUCUGCAUUGAAGUAAUACACAUGUAUUGUUAAUUAAGGGGAAGCAAUGGUCGUAUGGUCAAAACAUAUCAAUUUGUUCUGUGGUUCAAAUACAUUCACAGAAGACUCAAAAAAAAAAAUCAUACCACAUGUAUCUGAUGAAACAUGGUGAAUGUUUGUGCUCUAAUGAAUUUUAAUGUUUAGUUCGAAUCAAACAGCUUUAAUUUUGUAAGUAUCCUGUCUAUGUGCUGUCUAUUCCUGUCUCUUUGUAGCAACCAUUAAUUCAACAUUUCAUCCAUGUGUGUGUGUCAGUGCAGCACACUUUUUACACAAACUAAUUACACAAAGCAGGAGACCUUUUCUAUAACUCUCUGAGAACAUGGUGAAAAAAUAAAACAGGACAUCAACCACAAA